CUGAACAGGGUUUAUUCCACAGUAUACAGAGCAGCAGUGUAGUCACUUUUCACAGAGCCUAUAUAAGCUGCCCUCAAAUAUUCCUUCAAAUAUUCAGCCAAAUUUAUAAUCACGUGGACAUUCUAAACUACUUUAUACUGGUUUAGAACAAUAACGCAAAGGGAGAGGUGAACCAGCGUCCGGCUGAGAACCUCUUUAAUAAAGACCAAAAACUAACGCUAAGCAGAAUGAAACUCUACGAAAUAGUUGUGACCACUCUGGCUUCGAUCGUUGCCGUAGCUGCUGGUAUCUCCACAGACAACAACGUCAGCGAUGUGGACAUAGCCAUACACCAACAGAGUGCCCAGUUUUUGAAAAACAUCUACGCCGCAACGGAUCAACCGCAACCGGAAGCAUCUCUGGAGGUAAUCGUAGAGCUGAUUGCAGCAUCUGUACCGGAAACGAUACGUCAGCAGGUGGCCUAUGAACUUGAAACCGAAGGAGAUGGAACCUUGUCGGAUGCUUUGAAAGAACACAUACAUUAUCACAUUCUCGAGUGGUCGCUGCAGUACAUUCCGGUUGAUUUACAGCAGGAUAUCAUCGCUGUUUUGGAGACGUACCGUACAACUGGACAAAUAUCGGAGGACUGCGAAUUGGUGGAACGUGUAAGGAAGUACAUUACCAGCUUGGAAAUUGGACGAAACAAGCGUGGUUUCUGGGGCGGACUAUUACAAGUGGUUCUGGAAUAUGUGGUACAUUUUCUUUUUAGUCUAUGGGAUACAAAAGAAGAUCAUAGACAUGAAAAUCAAACAAGUUAUUGAUAUUUGAAAAAAAAAACAAUUUCGAUUAGACGUUUGAAUUUUGACUUGAUAACUUGAAUAUUCAAAGAACAUCGCAUCGACUUCGUUUAGUGAAAAAGCAACAAAUGAAAAUAAAAUAUUUGAUUGUAUCAAAACGCAUUUAAAAUUGUAAUUUAAACUGAUUCUUAUCUGUUUAGGUUUUCCUCGACCGUAGCACCUUAUACGAUAUGAUUGUAUCUUUCUAUCUACUACUCUUCUACAUUUCACGUAUAUUCGUAUGCUCGUAGCGAUUGCUAGAACCAAGAACGGAUUGAAAAAAUAGACCGUUUCCCUCUCUUUUUUUGUAUGAUUUUUUUUUUAAUUUUCUAUGAAGCAUAACACAGUGCUAGACCCCGUCCCUCCCCCUAUG